UCUAGGAAAGGUAUGCAUCUGUACCUUACCAAACAUCAGUACAAAAAUACGUUUACCGAAGAUCUCUGGGAAGCGUUGGAAGAAGCGAGCAAAAAGCCCGUGGCCGAAGUCAUGUCCACGUGGACGAAACAAAAAGGUUUCCCAGCGGUGACAGUAGACAGCCGACCGUCCCCAGGCGGUGUAACUCUUACCCUUUCCCAGAGUAAAUUUACCAGCGACGGCUUACCUCCUUCCGAAAACUACAUCUGGAUGGCCCCCGUUUCAAUAUCCACAUCCAAAAAUCCCGGUAAAGAGGUCGCUUCGAUCGUACUGAAAGAACCCAAGACGGAGUUGUUCGUACCGGACGUAAGUGAAUCCGACUGGAUAAAAGUCAAUCCUGGAACAAUCGGUUUUUACCGUACCAGGUACCCGCCGGAAAUGCUGGAGCGUUUAUUGCCGGCUAUCAGGGAUCAAACCUUACCUCCUCUGGACAGGUUGGGACUCAUCAAUGAUUUGUUCGCUAUGGUCAAGGCCGGUCACACGGGGACGGUGGAAGCGUUGAAAUUGCUGAAAGCUUUCGAGGGGGAGACGAACUACAACGUUUGGUCUUCCAUCAACGGAAUAUUGGCCAGGCUAUCGCAACUGUUGGGCGGAACAGAAUAUAGGCAGAGUUACGAAAAGUACCAAAAGGAAUUAUUAAGCAACGUUUAUAAUCGCUUGGGCUGGAAGAGUAAAUCUGGCGAAACUCAUCUCGACACUUUACUGAGAAGUUUAAUUUUGUGCCGAAUGGCAUUGCUAAAUGAUCCUAAAACUAUUGAAGAGGCCAGAACAAGAUUAGAUAAGCAUGCAGAAGGAAAAGAGGUUUUGCCUGCUGACUUGAGAACUGCUUGUUAUAAAGCUGUUCUUCACGCAGGAGGACAACAGGAAUUUGAUACUCUCUUGAAACUGUACCGAGCAACUGAUCUACACGAAGAAAAGGACAGAAUAAGUCGGUCGUUAGGAUCGGUUAACGAUGUAGAAUUAUUAAAGAAAGUUUUAGAGUUCGCCAUGUCGGAUGAAGUUCGCACCCAAGACAAAGUUUUCGUCAUAAUCGCCGUGUCGCUCAACGCCAAAGGCCGGGACCUGGCUUGGGAAUUCUUCAAAACGAACUGGACCAAAAUCAAGGAGCUCAUCAGCGGUUCUCUGCUGACCAGUUUCGUCAAGUAUCUGACCGAGAACUUCUCCACCGAGGAAAAGUUGCGCGACGUAGAACGCUUCUUCCAGGAGCAUUCGACGCCCGGUACAGAAAGAACCGUUCAGCAAUCAGUCGAAACGAUACAGCUAAACAUCAAAUGGCUAGAAAGGGACGGGGAAUCGAUCCGGAAGUACCUUAGUUAAUAUUUACUGCGACCUCAGCGUGGUCACGAAAGGUUGGUUGAGAUGGCAAUUUUUAAAUGAAGAUUUUUUAGUCUAGAAACAUUAUUUUUAUUUUAUGUAUUUAUUGAAUAAAAAAUAUAGAACUUAAAGUACAGUCUUUAGCGCGAAAUUGUUUAUUAUAGAAUUUCAUGAGCCUGGAAAGGAUAGAAAAACUAUAUAAAAUAAAAAAAAUAUCAGUGUAUCUAUUUUCAAAUUUAGCACAUUUUUCUUAUAUCAUUAUACUCCUUAGUAUAAUUCUACUUCAUUUCUACUAUUCUUACGUUUUAUACGGUUUUAAUUUACACUUUAUUUUUACAUUAAUUUAUACUUUCUGUAGGAUUGUCAAAAAUUCUUAAGAGUCCAUUUCACUAGUCCGAAAAAGUAGCAAAAUAAGCGUCCGGCAUUUAACGUGUUAUGUAAAACUGGCUAGGUAUUUUUACACAAUAAAUGAAGAAGGAUAUUAAAGAUAAA